UCCAAGAUAUUUCAGCCAUGGUUUUGCAAUCACUUUUGUCUGAUAUACAACAAAAAGCAAAGGCUCAGGAAUGUAUAGGGCCAGUUGUGCAAAUUCUUCUUAAUGGUGCCAUGCUUUGUUGUCUACUUUGAGUUUGGUUAUUUAAUAUCAAUAUUUUAAUUUCACUCAAAGGCCCGGAUCAGGGCCCCAUUGUGCUUCAUGCUGUGCUAUUUUUUAUUGAUGACUUUAGUUUGAGAGACAAUAUAAAUCUAGUUCCUUGAGAAUUUUUCAGUUUCACACCAUCAGAAUAGAUUCAAUUUAUCCUGCAAAGAGCUAAUCAUGUACAUCUUAUUCUGGCAAAAUCUUCAUUGAAGUCAAAGCGCUAAAGCUUUUCUACAAGAAAUUAGAUUAUAGUCUUGAUUCUGCAACACUUAUUUAUCUUCAAUAGCAUUUACUUACAUUAGUAUUCCAUGAACUUCAAAGGGUCUGAUUGCAUAAAUUAAUAAUAUUGAUUAUAAGGGUAUGUCCUAAAUGCAGAGUUAACUUCAGUUAUCUACAUUCAAGUUACUCUUCUCAAGUUAGCUAGCUGGAGUGAGAGCAGCCAUGCUGAGAAAUAACAUUCAAGCUACUUUGUCCAUACCGGCACUGCAGUUAUUCAUAUGUGGCACUAAGAUUUCUGGGGGCACAUCCCAUGGUUCUUUGCACUGCAGUAUGUGAGCUAUUCUAUGAAUUCUUUCCCAGUGAAUUGUGAGAUAACUUGUCUGUCCUUUGGGCACAUGCAGGGAACUAUAGGAAGACACUGGAGGUUUAGCAGCACUCAAAUGGAGCUAGCCUGAGUCCACACUACAGAGUGGUCAUGUUACCCACAGAUCAAUUGUGUUAACUUAAGCUUUAACCUAUACCUCCUUAUGGGCUAGCCAACUUGAAUUAAAAGUGCCACUACACUUGAGUGUAGCACCUAACACGAGUCCCAUCCACACACAAAAACCCUUAACUCAAGUUAUGACUUCAGUUAACUUUGAAGUGAAGACAGGCCCUAAGAGUUGCAGAAUCAGACCCCAUAUUAAUAAAAGGUUUUGUUCAGUCUAAGCUACAGUGGUUGUGAUGGAUACAAAGUUUGGCAUUAAAAAUGGUAAAGACAGAUGAUGGUUCUGCUGUAUAACCUGGUAUUCAGUAUAUCCUUUCUCAAGUUUUCAGUUUAUUAAGGAGUAAUUCUUAUGUUCCAGUUUGCUCUUUACAUUCUAUUGCGAUUGUAUGUAAGUUGCAUUUGCUAUAACUUGAUUUCUGUCUAUUGCACCUUGACUUGAAGAAUAGAAUUUCCCCCACUAUCUUCCUCCACCCCCAAGCUUCAGAAGCAGUUGUGUUCAAAUGCAGCCUCCCAUGAAGGGAUCAUACACACUGUAUUCUCUCUCUAUUGGAGACCUUGGUCAAGAUUUAAAAAACUGGAGCCCCGGUUCAGCAAAGUGCUGACACAUGUUAGUUUAUAUUUCUGGAAAUGUCACUCUGACAAUAUCCUGUAGUCUCGGUGAUAAAAUAAAGUGUCUGAAUAAAAAGUUAUAUUAUUCAGUAUUCUAACUAGGUGAUCAUAGUAGUGGUCCCCUAUGGCCUUAAAAUCUAUGAAACCAGGUGGCAGACAUUUUGCACAGACAGAUUUAGCUGAACCACAUACACACAAGAUAAACAAGGAACUUUUAUUUUUCUCAUUGUAAACCUGUGAUAAGGUCUUUUUCUCUCCCAAACAGGUACUACUGGUGCCAUUGACUAUACCAAGAUUUUGGAGGCUAUAUAUAGUCUGCUGCUGUUGUAAUUAUGAUCUGUGACUGCUCCUACCUCAGCUCUCAAACUCUUUGUACAGGCACUGCAAAUGAAGAAGCUUCAGGAGAUGGUUCACCAGCAUUGAAUAUCAAAGUAACACCUAGACCAGAGACAUCUGCAGAAUAUUUUACAACUGCAGGUGACCAUGAUCUGAAACCUGCCAUCAAACCAACAGAGAUUGAGAUAAAUGUUGAAACAGGAAAUAAUGCAAGUACUGGGUUAAAUGAUAUGAAUAAUGACAACACCCCAGAAAUGGCAGAUGUACAGCCUGCCUUAAUGUUUGGCAUUCCUGUGGUGAUACUAGUCCUACUAAUUCUGCUGAUCAUUUUCUUUGUGAUACGUCAUAAAAGGAAAAAGUCUAAGCAAGAUGAACUGGGAAGUGAAAAUGUCAAAAGUCCUAUUUUUGAAGAAGACACACCCUCUGUUAUGGAAAUAGAAAUGGAAGAGCUCGAUAAAUGGAUGAAUAGCAUGAACAAAAAUGCUGAUGGUGAAUGUUUACCUACUGUAAAAGAAGAAGAAAAGGAAUCAAAUGUCUUCACAAGUGACUGCGAAUCAUGAAGUCCAAACAGCACUGAACUGGUUAAAGGGAAGCUGUGCACAAGGCUCGUAGUCCUAUCCCACAGAUACUAGAUGAAGUGGAUGUAAACUUAAUUCGUCUCAAAUAGCGAGAGAAGCAAAUGCUUUUGUUGUUUCCUGUUGCGUGCAUUCUUCGUAAUGGAGGCAUCACCAAUAAAAACAAAGAAAUGCAUUACAGUAAGAUUAAGGAUCUGAUUUAAACUUGCAUUGCAAUGAAAUUUCAGCAUUAAUAUAGCGACAACAGUCCUAUUUCUGAAGGUCCUCAGAACAGUCCAUGUUCCACCUUAUCCUCUAUCUGUGUGUGGCUGUGAUAUGUAUGACUGCUCAUAUACCUGAGUUCCUCCAUAAAGCAUCACUGUAGCCUUAACUCCCAAUUUCCUUGUGUUAGUGGGUUUAAAUCAGACUGCUAAAUUCAUAAUCUUGUAUUGUUUUUGUAUAUAAUUUACUUUUUUUGUAAUGGUGGAAUAAUCUGUGUUGGAUUUCCAUUGCUGAAGUAAAAGGCUCUGAUUGCCAGAAGAGAUUUGAUGUCCACUAAAAAAUUAAACUGCUGAAAGCUACAGCAUGGAGGAUGCUCCUUAAAGCCAACUGCAGCCCCAAAGGAGGACCUAAGGUUUGUCAAAUGUUUUGAGAUUCUCAGGAGAAAGGCACUAUAGAAGUGGAAAGUUUUAUUUAAAGAUUUCCUCUCAGCCAUUGAACCUUAGUCCUCCAGAUAGUCUGAGCUGUUCUCUCAGCUCUUCUCUCAACUCAGGGGUAUUUUCUAAUAAUAAUUAACUCUAGGGAUUUUCAGUUUAAGGUACUUUCUGUGAAAAGCAGGAUGAAUAUUGAACAACUGGAUACCAACCUAUUCUGAACAUAUGCACCAGAAACUCCCUGACCAAGAUUUUCAGAAAUAACAAGUUGAUUCAGGUGCCUCAAUUUUUGGGUACCCAACUUGAGACACCUUCAAGGAGGGAUUGCUAAAAGGUGGAUGCUCAAUACUUUCUAAAAUCAGGCCUCUUACAGAUGUGAGAAGUUGGGCACCCAAAUAUCGUGGAACCCAAAAAAUCACUAGCCUCUUUUUUGAAAAUUAUGACCAUGGGUUUUUUUAAUAUGUAACAAACGUGUGGAACUGAAUGUUAGUUAAUGUAGAUUUUUGUCCUAUAUUUAAAACAUUAACCUCAAGUCCUAGCUAAAUUUACUUUCUAUAAUAUAUUAUUUUGUACCUGGGCAAUAUAUUUUUGAGACGUGUGCCCAAUUUCGUUUUGGGCACAAUUACUUUAAAAAUAUUUUUCCAUGCACAGGUUUGGUUUUUUUUAAGUGAGGAUAUCAUCUAACCCUCACCAACCAAUCCAACAUUUUAGGGUGUAAGCAACUUGAACAGUAUGAGUAACUUGCACUGAAGAAUUUUUGCUCUUUACAUUCUCAGAUUGCCUUCUUGAAUUUAUUCUUGGCUUAAAUGAACAAUUUCUACAAAAGAGUAUUUGGUCUGUACAUUGUUCCCAAAUAGUUAAUUGCAAGUAUUCAGCCACUGAGCUGUGGUGACUUCAUUUUUCCUGACUGCAUGAGUUUAACUUUGAGAAUCAGGUUCAUGAGUUCAAAUUUAGUUUUUCACAAAAAUUCUCCAACAUUUCCCAAAUGCUCUUGACAGUAAAUUUGUUCAGUAGAAUAUUUGUCAAAAACAACAAACACGACAAAUUAAGCGGAAGCAAUUUGAUUCUCAGGAACAUUUUUUGUAGUAUUUGCUCAACUCUGUUAGCAACUUAGUAAACUAGAAACUGGAUGUUACUCUGGCAUUUUUCACUCCUUGCAAAGAGUAAUUCUGAAGACAGCAUAAAAGUAGGAUGAUUUCUAGAAGAGAAUGUGGUAUAAGAUGUAUUUUGACAGUUGUAAGAACUGUAGAGUUCUAUGUUAGUCAGUUCCAGUCUAACAUUUUUAGAGCAAGGGCAAGCAUUAACUAGACUGUUCUACCUUCUUCAUUUCCCAUCAAUCCCUUUCUUCUCCUCCCCACAUUUCCUGUCUUACCCAUUCCAUGACACUCCUGUCACUCACCCCUUUCUCCUUCUUCCUGUUUGAGCUCAUGCCAUCCAUUCUUUCCUUAUGUGGCUGUCAUCAAUAUCUGUCUCACUCUUUUCCUCUCAUCUCAAUUCCUCAUCUCAAACCUAGACGACUUCAACUUCCCUACUGAUAACUUAUUCAGCUUCCUUUCUUUACUCUUCGUUUGACCUCCUGUUUUGGACUGACUUUUCUACUCACCACAAACCUGAUCCAUUGCUCAUUGACCUCAGAAAGUUUGAAUCAGGCCCCACUUUGAUUGCUUUCUUGGCUUUCUCUAAGCACCAUUCUCACAUGUCUUAGUCUCAGAGUUCCUUCUCUCAAACUCACCACUUACUUAAUAUUGCUCACUACAUCAACUUUUUGUAUUGCUCACCUGCUCUCAGUUCCUUCCUUUCUUAAUUUCUCUCACCUUUUACAACUCUAUGGCCAUCAUGUUCCUCUUCCUCAGAUUAGUUUCCAUUGCUCAUUUCUCUCACAGCCAGGGCCGGUGCUAGGUUUUUUGCCGCCCCAAGCAAAAAAAAUGUUGGCUGCCCCCCACUCCAACCCUGGGCUCUCCCCUCCACCACACCCGCACCCCCUGCUGCCCCAGCACUGGGCUCUCCCCCCCCCGACCCGCACCGCCUGCCGCCCCAGUGCUGGGCUUCCCCCCACCAGCGCUGACUCCGCCCACUCCCCCCUCGCCUCCAGCCGGUCCAGCGCUGGCAGGAUCGGGGUAAGCAGUGGGGCUCCCAGGCCGCGCCUCAGCCCAGGGU